AUGCUUUGGUUUGAUCUAAAGCCAGUGCUGACCAGGCAGUGAACUGAGUAGGAGUGUGCGUGCUGUGUUGGAGCAUCAUAAGGUCACGAGCGACAGCGAGACGUACAAGAUGCCUUACACGUGGCAACGUCCCAAGCCUCGGACCUACACCUACAACUAUCAGAUCCAAAGCGCCUACUACCAACCUACACUCGACAACCUCGACAAGGCAAAGAAAGACCCAACUGCUCAGACAUACGCUGAGAGAAUUAAAAAAUACCCAGUCUAUGGAGGUGUAUACCCUGACGCUGCCGAAGACGAAAUAGUCAUAGAGGAUCGGGAUGGCAGACAAGAUGCCUCCGGACGACGUGAGUUUUACAAGCCGAGCAGCACGGGAGACACGACCAGCCGUGAACCUGUCACUAAUAAGGACACGAGCGCCAAGCUGGCGGCGGAGAAAGCGAAGCUGCAGGAGCUGGAAGAGAAGCAGUUCCCCACCAGAAGACCGAUCUGGCAGGUGCACCCCUUCUACCUGCACGAGGACACCGUGCGCGUGCCUCCCAGAGAAGACUCCGUGUGGCCAGAGUCACGCCCCCACUUCCACCUGGUGUCGUCGUACGACCUGAUGGUGGGCUACCUCGGCAUCCGCGACAUGGCACUCCAGGAGACCGAGAAAUUACAGCGCGCCCAAGCUCGACUCGAUUAACCUAAGUUCAUCCACAGCUUCCUUAAAUAGUUUAAUCAUAAAUUCAUUUAUUCAAUUCAUAUACAUUUUUAAGUCUAUAUGCAAUUCUGAUGCGAUGAUUUACAGAAUUUCUCAACAAUUUAAUUCGUCGAGUUCAUUGUAAUUUUUCAAAUACCUGCCUUUCUGUCUGUUCAAUGACAGGCUGAAAAUAUCAAUACCGGGUGGGUUAUAGCAAUGUCUGUAACUUCAAGUUCAUGAAUACAAAGUGUGGGCAGUUUAGGAAUUCAGUAGCUCAACAUGCAGAUCUCCAAGAUAUGAACGAAUGCUACCCAAUGUGAUACAUGCAGUGUAAAUUAGGGCGCAACAUACCUACUGCAGCGGGGACGUUACUUAGAAUUGGAAGAGUUAGAAACGAAAAAGUGUUGAAAACAAGUUUACUCA